GCGUGGCUCGCAGGUCCAACCUGAGGGUGUCUGGGCAGAGGAAUCAGCUGGGGGCUUCGUCGGUUGCAGGGGCGAUCCAUGGCAGAGCGGAACGGCGCCGAGCUUCGCCGCGGCUUUCAGCGGCCACGCCCGCGCGCUGGCGCAUAAGCGUCUGCCGCCCAGCGCAGAUAUCCACGAGGACGAGCAUUGCCGGAGCAAGAAGUGCCGCGACAGCAUGAGCGAUCCGCGCAUGCUGAAACAUAUGGCAAAACUGGCGCACAGAGCUCAGAGGCAGCGCGCGGGCCACUACUGCGGAUGCACCUUCAAGGGCCAGCCAGUGGGGGCCAAGUAUCUCCGACUGGCAAGCAAAAGCUCGAACUACCUCAAGCACGCCAUGGAGGCGGAUACGCCCGCGCAGCAAUGGCAUCGCGUCGCUCGCCGAGCUCCUGUGGAUCUGGAGCAUCGGUGCCUGCGACGCACUGCGGCCGAGGAGUGGAACCUCGCCGCGAACGUCCACCGCCAUGAUCACCGGGCCGCGGAAUUCCAGCGCACCUUCCGGUCCGUUGAUUUCAACGGGCGCGCGUUGCUGAUCAAGCGCGAAAGUGGGGAAAAGAAGGACAGCUUCGUGGCGAGGAAGAUUGCCCCAGUGAUGAAGGAGAAGCUCGACGAGGACACAGAGGUUUGGUUGCAGCACUUCCCAGAUUUGUACGGAUAUCGCGGCAAGAACGACACGAAUGCCGGAGUUCGUCUGCUCAGCCCCUGGGAAUUUCUCCGUCAUUGGGCACGCCGCGAGCUGCCGACGCUGAAGAAAAACGAUGCAGAUAUCGGCACUUGUUGCUUGAGCAUGUGGCCACGGCCGGAUGCAGACUUCCAGCUGCGGAGCAAAUGGCGCAUGAAGAAGCGCGUGCGGCCCAUGGCGCCGGCUCCAAACAGCGCGCCGAUGCCGGACAUGCAGCCCGCGCAGCAGGACAAGGCCAGGGUAUAUUCAGUGUAUCUGCGUCAGCGGGUGCUGGGUCGCGGUCGGGCGACGUCGGACGUGCUGCGCCUCGUGGACCUGGGCCUGCCGACAGCUGGCUCUGGCGACGACCCUGCUCACGCGGGAGAGAAGCCGCAGAAGCGCCGAAGAUCCAUGGGAUCCAAAACGGGCCCGUUGGUUGGCGACUGCGCUCUUGCCCGGAGAAGCUACAUCCGCGGCAGCGUCGUGUCCGAGGGGGCGGCGCGGAGGAUCGCGCAAUUCAUGGCCGUGUGCUGCGGGGCCACGAAGGAGAGAGACGACCUCGAUGGGGGUGGCAAGGGCGGCGACGGCAAGCCGGGGGACGCGUCGGAUCAGAAACUCGCGCUGCAGGGGGCGCACGUGGGCGGGAUGGGCGCGAAGAAGUUCGUCGCCGGCGACGACCUCGAUGCGGCGAGCCGAAACCAGCUGCAAUCGGGCGCCGUCCACGAGGGCGCGCAGCUAGCGGCGACAUUGCGGGCUCGACGCGCGCGCCCGUGGCCCGCGGAUCUCGCUGAGGCGGCGCCGACUGGAUGCCUCGAGGCGCCUGCGAACGCCGCGAGCGCUCACAGUCAGAAGAGGCGGUCUAAAAGGACGAAGAAUUUGCAGAUGGAGGCGCAUGUGAAAUGGGGAGAUACCUCUGUGGACGAUUGGCUCAUGCAGUUGGGUCAAGGCAAGAAGCCGCCGAACAAGAACCAGAAGUCUUUCUUGUCGUGCUCAGUGGAGCGUUGCAAGCAGGAACAUCGGAGCCGUCGGGAUCUGGUCUCUCGCCGAGGCGGAAAACAAGUGGCCAUGAAGGGCGAGCCGCUGCGGCGUUGUCUUAUGGGCGUCCCUGGCGCGGGCAAGUCGAAGUGCAUUGAGUACGUGA